AUGGCUGUUGGAGUGGGAAAGUCCAAACAAAAGCUUGCUCCAGAGAAGGAGCGGUUUUUGCAAUGUUGCGGAGACAUUUCGCUGGAACUGGUGUCGUCGCUCAAGACGUCUAAAGACAUCAAUCUUAAUGGGUUGAUCAUACGCUUUGCCAAGAAGUACAAGCUGAAACAGCAGCCACGGCUGACUGAUAUCAUAUCCUCCAUUCCCGACCAGUACAAGAAGUACCUUAUUCCCAAGCUUAAGGCCAAACCGGUGCGGACUGCUUCAGGUAUAGCAGUGGUUGCUGUCAUGUGCAAGCCGCAUAGAUGUCCACACAUCGCCUACACCGGCAAUAUCUGCGUUUAUUGUCCUGGAGGUCCAGACUCAGAUUUCGAGUAUUCCACACAGUCAUAUACUGGGUACGAGCCCACCUCGAUGAGAGCCAUCCGUGCUAGAUAUGAUCCCUACGAGCAGGCCCGUGGCCGCAUAGAACAGCUCAGACAACUUGGUCACUCCAUUGAUAAGGUGGAGUAUAUCAUCAUGGGUGGAACAUUCAUGUCGCUCCAAAAAGAUUACCGUGAGUCGUUUAUCACGGAGUUGCACAAUGCCUUGACUGGGUACAACGGAAAGGACGUUGACGAGGCCAUCAAAUUCUCACAGCAAUCUCAGACAAAAUGUGUGGGAAUAACUAUCGAGACAAGGCCAGAUUAUUGCACGGAGACUCAUUUAAGUGACAUGCUGAAAUAUGGGUGUACCAGGCUGGAAAUCGGAGUCCAAUCUGUCUACGAAGACGUUGCGAGAGACACCAACAGAGGCCAUACGGUCAAGGCUGUCUGUGAGACUUUCGCCUAUGCCAAGGAUGCUGGAUAUAAGGUGGUGAGUCAUAUGAUGCCAGACUUGCCCAAUGUUGGCAUGGAAAGAGAUCUGGAGCAGUUCAAGGAAUACUUUGAGAAUCCCGCUUUCAGGACUGACGGUCUCAAACUGUAUCCUACACUGGUGAUUAGAGGAACGGGUCUCUACGAAUUGUGGAAGAACGGCCUUUACAAGUCGUACAAUGCUAAUGCUCUGAUUGACCUGGUUGCCAGAAUAUUGGCUUUGGUCCCUCCAUGGACGCGUAUCUACAGAGUCCAGAGAGACAUCCCAAUGCCUCUGGUGACCAGCGGAGUGGAAAAUGGAAAUCUAAGAGAACUUGCUUUGGCCAGAAUGAAGGACUUUGGCACCACAUGCCGAGACGUUCGUACCAGAGAAGUGGGUAUUCAAGAGGUGCAUCAUAAGGUGCAGCCCGACCAGGUGGAGUUGAUCAGAAGGGACUACUAUGCUAACGGUGGUUGGGAGACGUUUCUAUCGUACGAGGAUCCGAAACAAGACAUUUUGAUUGGACUGCUGAGACUUAGAAAAGCCUCCAAGAAAUACACCUUUCGCAAAGAGUUCAAAUCACAGCCCACAUCGAUUGUUCGUGAACUCCAUGUGUAUGGUUCGGUCGUUCCAUUACACUCCAGAGACCCACGUAAGUUUCAGCACCAAGGCUUUGGCACUCUGCUAAUGGAAGAGGCCGAGAGAAUUGCUAGAGAGGAGCAUGGUUCGCAGAAAAUCAGUGUCAUCAGUGGAGUCGGGGUUAGGAAUUACUAUGCCAGAUUGGGGUACGUUCUGGAUGGGCCAUUCAUGUCGAAACAGCUCGACUAA